AUGAAAUACCGACGCCUUCCCACUUCCCACAUCACCGACGUCAACCGGCUUCACACCGCCGCGAUUCUCAUCUCCGUCACCCGCCACGGCCUGCACAACCAUUCCAUUCAUGCCAACGCGCAAGCGCUCGCCUUCACAAUGGCGGCGCAUCAGCACACCGCACCCGCCCCCGCGUCCCCCGCACCCUCAAACUCAACCCAUCAAGCCCCCAUAACCUUCGACGAUGAGACGAUCGACGCAUUCGAGAUGGACGCCGACGACGGUUACGCCUCCGCCUCGCCAGCGCCGUCCCUCCACGCCGGGACGAUGUCGCUGUCGCCGUCCGUUCGCGACUACGCUUUUGAAAAUAACCGGCGCUAUCACCGAUACCGCGAGGGGCGGUACCAUUUUCCGAAUGACGAUAGUGAGCAGCAGAGGGAGUUUAUGAAGCAUCUGGUGAUGGCGCACAUGAUGAGCGGCAAGUUGCAUGAGGCGCCUGUAAGGAAUCCGCAGAAGGUGUUGGAUGUUGGGACCGGGACAGGGGUCUGGGCUAUCGAUGUGGGCGACGAGUACCCCGAAGCAGCAGUUACAGGCAUCGAUCUGUCGCCGAUAUGGCCAGACUGGGUCCCCCCGAAUGUCAAAUUUGUAGUAGACGACGCCGAGGCAGAGUGGUUCCACGAGCCCGACAGUUUCGACUUCAUCCGGCUGGGAAACAUGGCGCCUUCAAUACAAGAGUGGCCGAAGCUCCUCGAGUCAGCGUACAAAACGCUCAAACCGGGAGGCUGGAUCGAGCUCCAAGAAAUGCGCUGGGUCUACGGCUGCGACGACGGGACCAUGCCGGAUGACUUUGCGCCUAUGAAGAUGGUGGAUCUCAUCAGCCAGGGCCUGGCGCGGUUCGGGGUUGACAUGCACGCCGCGGAACGCAACCCGGCGCGUCUUGCGGCUGCGGGGUUCACUAAUAUCAGACACCAGAUGCGGGGCUAG